UCGGUGGAACGGGGCUCCAAGGAUCAAGGGGUCCAACUGGCCGUGAUGGAAGGACUGGAUCACAAGGGGAUCCAGGGGAAGAUGGUGACCUGGGAGAGAGUGGUUCUGUUGGGCAGCCAGGGGUGGAAGGAACCGCGGGCCAGCAAGGAAAAACUGGGGCAACUGGUGCCGCUGGCUAUCCAGGACCGCAGGGUUUAGACGGUCAGCAAGGCUCUCCAGGACCUGUUGGUUUAACGGGUAUGCCCGGUCAGUCCGGAUCUCCAGGAGCUCCCGGCACUGUGGGUCUUAAAGGUUCCAGUGGCAGGCCAGGAUCCCAAGGUGAAAGCGGCUACACAGGCAUGACGGGGGAACAGGGGCCCCAAGGAAACCCUGGGAUAAAUGGCCAAGAAGGAGAACAAGGAAGCCCCGGUGCAACAGGAUCGAAGGGAGCAACGGGCGACCCAGGGCCGUCGGGUGAACAAGGAGAACAAGGAGUCACUGGAGAACAGGGUGAGCCCGGCGAUAUCGGAGAAACAGGACGCCCAGGAAGCCUUGGUUCUGCUGGAGUAACUGGUCGAGCAGGAUUUACUGGAGACAAAGGAAGUGAGGUAUGUCAAACCAGGCUGUAUCACUUUCGUUUUGCUGUUGCUACACGUGGAGACCAAGGCAACAUGGGAUUACAAGGCCCGCAAGGAUCACAGGGACCCCAAGGUUCUGCUGGGCCGAAAGGCGAGCAGGGUAAUGAUGGAAUAAGCGGUGAUGACGAUUUACGGCAUCUAAAUAUGACCUCGCUUUUUCCUGUGGAUCUUUACCAGGGCCAGCAAGGAGAAUUUGGUCCUCGAGGCGAUGAUGGAGAGGAAGGCGCACAGGGAUCUGACGGUGAGAGGGGACUUGCUGGAAACGACGGAGAACAAGGCGAAGUGGGUGCAAUGGGUCCACCUGGUCAAUUAGGAACGAAGGGUGACCGUGGAAGACAGGGAGACGAAGGUUUACGGGGGGAUCCUGGAAUUCCUGGACCUCCAGGUCAACCGGUUUCCAUCGGAGAUUUAGUGACUUCUUCAGGGUACACUGGUUUCGGACAACUUACUGAGGCAUCACGUGACCCACCAGUUACGGCCGAGAAAGCAGGGACAGUAAACCUUUACAGAAGCCAACAGACAGCAAAGGUUGAAGAGGAGGACGUUGAUCCUCUAUCAAAUUUUGUCACUCUAGUGAAGGAAAAACUUGAAAUGUUGAAAAAGCCAAAUGGCACAGAUAAAUUCCCCGCAAGGACCUGUAAAGACUUGUACAUGUCUUAUCCUGACCUUCCAAGUGGCUCUUACUGGAUCGAUCCCAACGAUGGCUUACCUAACGAUGCCAUAAAAGUCCGCUGCGAAUACCACACUAAAUCAACCUGUCUGUAUCCCGUAAACAACAGCGAGGCGUACACUACAGGAAAUAAGAAAUGGUUCACGGGCGCUGAUGGAUACAAGUGGCUCAGAGAGGAUCUGCGCAUGCUUAAGAAUAUUGAAUAUGUGGCAGAGCCCAGUCAAUUAGAAUUUCUCCGUUUGCUGAGUGACCGAGCCAGGCAGAGAAUUAAGUACAACUGCAAAGACUCGGUGGCCUGGGGUGAUAAGAACAACGGGUUAUCCAAGUCCAUUAAAAUCAAGGCUGACAAUGGAGUUGAAAUGCACGCGAAGUCUUCAAACAAAUUUAAACCCAAGCUCAUCCUAGAUGGGUGUUCGGUAAAGGAUGGCAAAUGGCAUCACACUGUCUUAGAAGUGGACACGCCUAAGCCUUAUCGCCUUCCCAUCCUCGACAUAGCAGCGUAUGACAUCGGAGACAGCGGCGAGGAGUUUGGAAUAGAAAUUGAACGUUUGUGCUUCUCUUAGCAAAUAACCUCGGUGCUCCAAACAGCUUAAUUUCAAGUUACAACACAAUUGUUUCGUAUUGCCUUGAAUUAAAUUCACUCAACUUAUGUUCCUUAGAAAACAGAGCAACUUCUUUUGAGAGGGCGACUCCGGCCCUCAGUGCCUCAAAUUGAAGACUGAAGUAAACCAUUUAAUGGUUCUACUCUUUCACUGAUCCUCUAUAUUCCUCCUUGGUUGUUGUUUUUUAUUAAUAUCCUUUUACAAAAAAGAAAACCUAGAUAGGACUGUUAUCUGAAAAUCCAGUAAAUAACAUUCAACGUUUGCUUGAGGCAUUAGCGAUGACAUAUUUAUGAUUUCAAAUUUAGCUGCAUUUCUUAUUGUAAAUAAAUGUAUCAGUAAAAGUUUCAUAAGAGGGUCUAAUAAUUUCUUCGAUAUAAUUUUUUUAAAUUUUUUUUUAUGUUAUGCUGUUUUAUUUUUAUUUAUUUCUUUUUUUUUUUGUAGCAUGAGAAGGAUGUGUUUGGUCAUUUGCAGUGCAACAUAAUGCAAAAGCCACUCAUAACUUUUUCUUGUCCAUACAAAAGUAACUGGGUUUUGUUGUUAUUGUUGUUGUUGUUGUUGUUGUUGUUGUUUCAAAUGCAGUUAAGUCUGAAGUUGAAAUUGA